CAGCAGUCAUUUCGUAUUUAUUUUUCAUAGUAAUCAGUGAGUUUUUCCUCCAAGUUUAUAAAGUGUUUUUUGAAAAGAUUGAAUUCGGUUCAAUUGCUUAAAAAUAUCGCAUAAUUUAGUACAAAUUACGAACAACUCGCGCACAAAAAUCGAAUAACGAGUGUUUGAAGUUUAAUAAGUGAAUUUUAGCAACAUACAUGAAGUAAGUGAAAAAGGCAAAGCCAAAGAAAAAACGUCAUCUUUGUCCAAUUGAUUCGCUGGCGACUACAACGACAUUUGCAACAAAAAAAUAUUGGGAAGAAAUAAAAAAAAGAAAUUAAACAAUAAUCAUAUAAAUGACAAGUGGUUCGUUUUAGUUGACUUUCUGGGACUUAUUCAAACGCUAUUAAAAAAUAAAAUUAAAAUAUUAAAGUGUCAGCAGUAAUACAAUAAAACAGCCUAUAUAAGACGCAGACAAACAAGUAUGAACAGCGUUGUGAAUAGCACAGCGCCAAGUACAACGAGCUUCAUUGACCCGAAUGGCACAGCAGCAGCCGUCAUCGCAGCCGCCGCAUCGACGAUGACCGAAUCGACUACGCUGAAACCAAGUAUCGUUGUACAAGCCAAACCAAUGCCGUCGCCCAUUGAUCCGCUCAGUCACGUCGGUGAUGGUAUCUUCCUGCAAACAAAAACCGCCCAAGGACUUGCGACCGUAUUCGUUUGGGCGGCACUUUUUAUCACAUGCCAACAGAUUUAUCAACAUCUGCGUUGGUAUACAAAUCCACAGGAGCAACGCUGGAUAGUGCGCAUCCUGUUUAUUGUGCCCAUGUAUGCGACAUACUCGUGGAUCAGUUUGUUUUUCUUCAAUUCGGAUAAUGUGUAUGUGUACUUCUUUACCGUGCGCGAUUGCUACGAAGCGUUUGUCAUCUACAGUUUCCUGUCGCUCUGCUAUGAGUACCUUGGUGGUGAGGGCAAUAUCAUGUCCGAGAUACGCGGCAAACCAAUUAAGAGCUCGUGCCUGUAUGGCACCUGUUGUCUGAAGGGUAAAACCUAUACAAUUGGUUUCCUGCGCUUUUGCAAGCAGGCCACAUUGCAGUUCUGCUUGGUGAAGCCGCUGGUGGCAUUCAUUAUUAUAUUCCUGCAAGCCUUUGGCCACUAUCAUGAUGGUGAUUGGAGCGCAAAUGGCGGUUACAUCUACAUUACCGUUAUCUAUAAUAUAUCCGUGACUCUUGCCCUAUACGGCUUAUAUCUAUUCUAUUUCGCCACACGUGAUUUACUCACACCAUUCGAGCCUGUAUUGAAAUUUUGCACAAUCAAAUCGAUUAUCUUCUUAUCGUUUUGGCAAGGUGUUAUGUUGGCCAUUUUGGAAAAGGCCAAGGUCAUUUCGCCCAUUGUGGACAGCAUGGGUACGGUCACCUCAGCUGGUACUGUGUCGGCGGGUUAUCAAAACUUUUUCAUUUGCAUUGAAAUGUUGUUCGCUGCGAUUGCGUUGCGCUAUGCCUUUCCCUAUCAGGUCUAUGCGCGUAGCUGUAAUGCCGAUGGCCAAGGACGCUCUGUUACCAUGCAGUCAAUUUCUAGCAGCCUUAAAGAAACAAUGAAUCCCAAGGAUAUUAUGACAGAUGCUAUACACAAUUUCCAUCCACAAUACCAACAAUACACGCAAUACAGUUCUGGUGGUAAAAGUUCACGUGGCAUGCGUGUCUCCUCCUACGAUCCGGACGAACCGAAUGCCACACAACACGGCAGCAACAACACAGGCGGUAAUAACGGCACAAUGAGCAGUUUGGGCAACAACAGUCAAGGCACACCCGGUGGCAGCAUCGCCAGCUGCAUGGCAUCGAAAACGCUCGGUAAUCAGAGGAAAUUCAUGCCGGGCGGUCAACGGGUCGCCACCAUCAGUCAGAACUAUAACGAGAAGACGAUGCUGCUGAGCAGUGAUGAUGAGUACCAGUAAAGCGAGGUGUCGUGUCGUCGAUGAUGUAGUGAGUAAUGGAAGCGAGCCGCCCUAACAGCACUUUUUAAAUACAAUAACAACUCACUGAUUACACUGAAAGAAACAGUUGGAAGAAACCGUUUAUACUUUGGACGUGUGUUGGCGAUUUGAUUGUAAACUCUUUAAUUUGCUGUUUAUUUUGUUUUGAUUGGUGUGUCAGUGUUGCCAGACUGUCAUAACUAGUAAUCUAAAGUGUAUUUUGUAGGAAAAUAAUGUUUUUGCUUUGCAAACUUAGUGCUUUAUGCAAAUUAAUUUUUAUUUCAAAUUAUUCCUUUUUGUAUUUUUAUCAAAAAUAUGUAGUAUCAGUACAAAUAAUUACGAGUAAAUACAAAAAAAAAAACAAAAAAUAAGUUUUAAAUGCCAGCAAGCGCAGCUGAGGUGCUAUUUAUAGAUUUCAUAAAAUUUUUACUAGAAAAUAUGCAAUUUAUAUGCCACAAUUUUUGUUGUUGAACCAUAAGUGAGGUUAUGUUAUUACCAUUUUAUUUAUAAACUAAUUUAAUUACGUUAUUCAAUGCAAAUUGCAAAAUGCAGAACUGAACUGCCGUUGUUUACUUUGUGCUUUUAGCAAACCUCAGGCACACACACACAUACUUAUGUAAUUAUUAACUAUGUAAUUAUGCUAGCAAAAUAUGUAAUCCUUUGAGGUAAACUUGGCGUGCUUCUCUACAGCAAACCCAACAAAUGUCCAAAAUUGUUUCUAUUAACAUUAUUAACAAUAAAAUAUUAUGUAUUAUUAUUAAUGUACACGUUGUGUGUAUGUACAAUUGUAUAGCACGCAUCUCCGUCGUUCGGUGGUCGUGUGUGAGUGUGUAUUUUAAAAUAAAUAUAUUGCAAAUGAAAAUUAACAAAAAAAAAAGGAAAAAUCCACAAUAUGUAUGCUUUGCAUUAGAAUUUUAAGCGAAUUAUGGAUUGUAAUGUUUGAACUAGUGGCAGGCGCAGCGUACACUUGUGGGUACUUGUAGAGAGCGACAUUUGUAUUUGAGUGGAGCGGAAGCGGUUAGAUAUAAGAACUUUUCAAAAAUCUAGAUAAAGCACUGAAAUGUCAGAAUGUGGUAUAUUAACUGAACUGAAGAGUGGAGGGAAGUGUGGAAAUCAACAGGAAUUUGUAAAUUCAUUUUAAAUAUAUUAAUAUUUAUUUAUACAAGAUUAUUUUUUAUAAAAAAAAAUAUUUACUUAAUAUUUAUAAAUUUUAUUUUUUUUUAAUAAUUUUUUGUUUUAUUUUAUAUUUAAUUAUUUGUUUUAAAUGUUUCUACAUUUUAUUUAUUUUUUCUUCAUAAAUUAAUACUAAAACUUUUUCAAAAUAUUUUUAUAUACAAAAUACAUUUAUUUACUAAUAUAUAUUUAUACAUAUGUAAUUUUCCUGUUAAAUUAUUUUACAAUUUUUAAUAAACAUACAUGUAUAUUUCUUAACCUCUAACAUAAAACUCCAAUUCGAAAUUUAUUAUAAUAUUAAUGAGAAAUUAUAAUCGUACAGUUCUGUGGAAAAAAUUACAUCCAGUCCUCUUACACGCUUCUCAUUCAGUUAGUUACAGCGCAGAGAAUUUAAUUAUGUUAAAAUAUUAAAAUAAAUCAAUUACUUUUUUCCUGUAAAGAAAAUUUGUAUAAAAAAUGUAUUAAAAAUGAAAUAAAAAUAUUUAAAAUAAAAAACCUGAAAUAAAUUAUUAACAAUAUAUGUAUGUAUGUAUGUAAGUUUACUGAAAAUAUAUACAUACUAUAUGCGAACAUUGUGUGAAAUUGUAGCCUCUUUAUUCAAUUAAUUUUUGAAAUUAUUUGAAUUUGCAGAAAAUAAAAAUAAAAUAAAUCACCAAUCAAUCAAGUAAUAAACUGGAGUUAACAACGGUUUGAGCAAGGUACUUGAAAU